CGGACUGUAGCUCAUGCAGUGCCCAGCAGCAAGCAGAAUGCAAGGAAUCUGCAGUAUUCCCCUGUCUCACACAAGGAGCCCAGUUCACUGAAGGACGAGUGAGGAGAACCAGUCAGAGGAGGAUUCAGAGGGGGGAACCUGCGGUCUUGUUCUGCUCUGCUCUUGUUGCCUCAGGUGUACGUGCUCCUCCCUCCCCUCCGCAGUGCCUGCUGUCAGCUCCAUCCCUGGGUGGCUGAGGCCAUGGUGCUGGUGGUGCGAGCCCUGCUGCCCUACUUCUGCACCCUCUUCUUCCUGACCCUGCUGCCCGGGGUGGAACCUGCCGUGCCCCUGGAGGACUUCUACCCCUUUGGUCGGGACAAGGGGGACUCCCAGACCAUCGCUCAGGAUGACGGUGGCUCCGGGCUCCUGGAGAUAUCUGUCGCAUUCCCCUUUUUUGGAGACAGGCACGCCGGACUCUAUGUUAACAACAAUGGCCUUGUGUCCUUCCUGAGAGAGGUGUCACAGUUCACGCCUGUAGCCUUUCCGAUCGCUGGGGACAGAAGGGUCGUGGCGCCAUUCUGGGCCGAUGUGGACAACCGUCGAGCGGGGACGGUCUUCUAUAGGGAGAGCCAGGAUCCCACCAUCCUGAGGAGGGCCUCGGGCGAUGUCAGGACGUACUUUUCAGAGUUCCCCAACUUCAACGCAACAUGGGUCCACAUCUCUACAUGGCAUCAAGUCACCUUCUUUGGAGGAAACUCCCAUACACCAGUAAAUACUUUCCAAGUGGUGCUCAUUACAGAUGGAGAUCUUUCCUUCACUAUAUUCCAGUACAAUAACAUCACUUGGACCACAGGCAUGCAUGCCAGCAGUGGAGGAAACCUGGUUGGGCUGGGAGGGAUUGCAGCGCAGGCAGGUUUUAAUGCUGGUGAUGGCAAGCGCUAUUUCAACAUCCCUGGCUCCCGCACAGCUGAUGUUGUAAAUGUUGAGGGAACCACCAACGUGGGCUACCCCGGCAGAUGGGUCUUCCGCAUAGAUGAUGCUAAUGUGGAAGUGGGAGGCUGCAAUAACUCUGCGUCAGUGUGCCCACACCUCCGCCCCUGCCUGAACGGAGGUCAGUGCAUCGAUGAUUGUAUUACAGGCAACCCCUCCUUCACUUGCUCCUGCUUGGCUGGCUUCACCGGUCGAAGAUGCCAAAUCGAUGUCGAUGAGUGUGCCUCGCAGCCUUGCCAGAAUGGAGGGACUUGUAAAGACCAGAUUAAUAGUUUCACCUGUCAGUGUCCUCCAGGUUACACCGGGAUCUUUUGUGAAACAGACAUUGACGAGUGCAGAGACAGGCCGUGCCUCAACAACGGGUUGUGCGUACGAGGCGCUGGCGCUUUCACCUGUGUGUGCGAGCCGGGUUACACUGGUGUCCUGUGUGAGACAGACAUAAACGAAUGUGAGUCGCAGCCCUGUCUGAAUGGAGGAGAGUGCAUCGAUCAGGUGAACAACUUCACCUGUACGUGCCCCGCCGCCUUCACCGGGACGCUCUGUGAGACAGAGCUGCUGCCACUUCAGGUCAACUCAACCGAGGCAGGAAACCAAACAGCCUCAUGUGAAGAGGACUGCAAGAAGAACCAGAUCUGUGAAUACACCAGCUCAGGAAUCUACAACUGCACGUGUGCUCCAGGCUUCUAUGGUGACAAGUGUGAAGAGGAGUGUCUUUGCCAGAAUGGGGGUGUCUGUGUGGACAUCAAUGGGACCUGUGAGUGCCCUUCAGGCUACACAGGACUCUACUGUCAGUUUGAGGUGACCCAGAUGCCGUGCAGUAACGGCAGAUUGUGCCCUGAUGGGAAUCCCUGUUUGGAGUACGGGGGAGCAUACCUGUGCACGUGUCAGACCAGAGUGGAGCUGGACCACAAAGACUUUUACUCCUAUGUACAGCCCCAAUCGGUCUGCGACUCCUCUCCCUGUCUGAAUGGCGGCUACUGCUACGAGCUGGACGGAGGCUACGCCUGCGAGUGCAAGUACGGAUACUGGGGGAAGAACUGUGAGAAAGUUAGACCUAAUACCUGUGCUUCAGGGCCCUGCCGCAACGGAGGCUCCUGUAAGGAAGAGGCCGGGAGUUACCGAUGUGUGUGUCCUUACAGAUUCACAGGAAAACACUGUGAAGUGGGGAAGCCGGACCCCUGCGCCUCCAGCCCCUGUCUGAAUGGUGGGACGUGUUUUCACUACAUAGGGAAGUAUAAGUGUGAAUGCACUGACGCCUACAGCGGCCGGCACUGUGAAAUCAGCAGGAGUGCAGUGCGUACCUCUGCAGAGCUGGGCUGCGGGCCACCCCCACACAUCAAGCACGCUGAGGUCCAGUUCUCCUCAACAACACCGGGCUCCAUGGCCGUGUACAUAUGCCACUCAGGCUUCACGUCUGUGCCCAGAGCCACCCAGAGCAUCUGUGGCAUUCAGGGAGGCUGGAGCCAGCCGCCUGUCUGCGAGGAGAUCAACGAGUGCUUAUCGCAGCCGUGUCUUAAUGGCGGCACCUGUCGAAAUAAGAUCGGGUCCUACCAGUGUGUGUGCGCCAGUGGCUUCAGUGGAAACCGCUGCCAGACGGACGUAAACGAGUGCCUGUCGGAGCCCUGCAUGAACAGGGCCACAUGUGAGGACCGGCCCGGCUCCUACCUGUGUCACUGCCCACAAGGCUUCAGAGGACAGAACUGUGAAACAGAGCAGGACGCGUGUGAGUCCAACCCCUGCCUGAAUGGAGGUGUGUGUCGGGGCUACAGGAGAAACUACCUGUGCCUGUGUAAAGAGGGUUUCUUUGGGGAUCAGUGCCAGAUGUUGGAGGACCCGUGUGUGCUGAAGCCGUGUGGGAACCGUGGCCACUGCUGGAGCGACAGGAGGGGAAACUACAACUGCGUUUGUAAAGUCGGACUCACGGGCAAAGACUGCGAGAAAGACCUGCUGCCUCCUCCCGGUCUCCACGUGCUGCGUGUGGAGGAGAGCGAGGUGGAGCUGCGAUGGGACGAGCCGGAGCCCUCAAACAGCCUGAUCAGCAUGUUUGCCGUCACCUAUGCUCCCCUGGGCCAGACCAACCCCAAAACAGACUACCUGGACAGGCAGAAGUCCACCCACAUGAUGCGAGGCCUGGUGCCCGGCCUGCUCUACAACAUCUCCACCUUCUCCAUCAAACUGAAAACCAACAGCAACGACACAAGCCAACCUGCCACUGCGCUGAUACGCACCAGACCUCGGCCGGUGGAGCAGCUGCAGGUGGUCAACGUGUCCUCCUCUCAGGUGUGGCUGCAGUGGCUGGUCCAGGCUGCCCGUCACGCAACCGUCAGCGGGGUGCGCGUGUCCUUAUUGCCUUCAGACGGGAGGGAGGCUCGCACUGCUGUGCUCAACACGAGCACCACUGAGUACACCUUCAGUUCGCUGCAGCCGGCUCAGAUGUACACGGUGGACGUGCUGACUCAGAGCGGGAUCAGACCAGAUGAGUUUCCCUCCAUGAGCCGCUCAGCAGGACCUCUGCAAUUCUGGACAAGGCCUCUUCCCCCACAGAACCUCUCCCUCUCACACGUGACCCCAAACUCAGCCCUGAUCACCUGGAGCCGCCACCCGAGACACGUCCCAGAUGGCUUUGUGGUCAACGUGACCCGAGGUUUGAAUACCAGAAGUCGAUUCCUGCCCAACGGGAGGGUGGCCUCGUACACCCUCCGCGAGCUGACGCCGGGGCAGCACUACUACGUGGCCCUCACAUCGGUCAAAAACACGGGGCAGGAGCAGAUCCACAGCAUACCUCAGCACCUGGCUUUCACUACCUUGCCAAUGCCGGUCAGACCGGGGAGGAGAGAGAGACCAGCGGUGACCAGACAAGAGAUCCCAUCCCAGCCUCAGGACGUGGGCGGCACAGCAGAAGCAGAAAACUCUGAGGAACUACCCAGAUACACAGAACUCAUCGACAGGAGGGGAAAGAUAACAGCCAAGUUCACUCACCUGCCUCGAAAAGCCAUCCGGCAUCGCACUAAACCUGAGCCGCCAGUUCGGUUAGAGAACAUGGAAGAAACAACAAACAAAGUCAGCCUUGCACUGGAGAUCCAAGAAGAAGCUUUGAGAACAAAACCUGAGUCGCCCCAAGACUGCCGCAGCCUGCCCUGCCAGAACGGAGGCACAUGUGUGAACGGAGGCGACUCCUUCGUCUGCGACUGCGCAGCCGGGUUCAAGGGCAGGCAGUGUGAACUGUCGUGCCAGCGAGUGCCACACCCGUGCACCCGCCUGUACUCUGAAACCAAGAGCGUGCCCGUGUGGGAGGGCGGCGUGUGCCAUUACCUGUAUAAAAGGAUGUACAAAGUACAGCAGGAUGUGUGUUACCGAGAGAUUUGUGAAUCGACACCUUCCAAGAAGAGUCAGACCAGAAGAACAAACACACAACAAUAAAGAGCACUUGGAGCCUGAUGAAAGAACUGUCAUCACUGUCAUGUGAAAAACCUCCUUACUUCAAUUUUGGUGUUUAUAAUCUGCUUGAAGUAACUGAUUAUGGUCAUUUUUUUUGUGCUGAAAAACCCUGUCAGAGCCCACUGUAACAUUCACAAACAAACCAUCAACCAUCUGAAAAUGAGGCUGCAUCCUGAGAGCUCACAAAAGGAUUAUCAGUCAGAUGCAAAAAGCCCCACAUCAUGUAUCAUUUGCAGUGUUCGCUGACCGAGUCUCAUACAAACACAUACGGUAUGCAAAUAUUAAUCCUAAGCAGUCAACCGCACUGCAUCAGAGACCUUAUAUACCUCAUUUCAACGUCUACGCUGACACAUUAGGAGAGGUGAUUCAGCUGCAGGUUUGUCCCUCAGGGAAUUGAAAGCGGAGUCUUUUCCUUACAUCAGUCCCAUCAUCUCCUUAUGAAGACAGCAGGAAAUGUAUACUUUCACCCAUAAACGGAUCUCUUCCUCUGACAAUGAUGCACAGCCUUUUCUGUGGAGAAUAUCUUCCUCUGUGUCUUAGCAGGCGUCACUGCUCGCUAACCUGUACAUAGUGUUUAUAGGCCAUUUUG